UUUUACAUAAUCUAUGAUCCCGCCAAUGUACACCGGUCGUCAUCACUUUAGUGGUGUUUGUGUUUGAGCUUGUGCUCCGCAGCCAAAAUAGAAGACUAGACGACUAGUACAUUGGUCGUUCGCAUCUGUUUUCUUCAUAUGUGUGCCAAAUAUGUGACAAGAAAGUGUAUCGGAUUUUUGCAUGUUUUUCGGCGAACAUUAGUGCAGUAUGCUUGGAGUGCAACUCCAUUUUAUGUAUAUCUUCACGUUUUGUGUUUAUUUCAUCUCCAACACUAGUCUCGCGUGUAAUUUUAGCUAAAACAGAACUCAAAAUGAUGAUGACACAGGAAAGUCAAGUCGAUUGCGACGUAAACAUUCAUUUUGUCAUUCCGAAUCAUCUGGAGUCCGAAAAUGAUUGUAGCGAGGAAAUGUGGCUGGCCUAUAAUAAAUGUAGUGAACUUGGCUUGGAACCAAAUUGGGUUAUCGAGAAGAUUUGUGACCAGAUGAAACCAUCAAAAAAUGAUGUAUUUAUUAUAGAAGAAUUUAAUGGUAUCUUAUUUGAAAAGCUAAAAAAUUUCAAGUGUUCAAUAGUAUCACCAAAGUGCCUACUUAUUUGUUUUCUAAAUGGAGAACCAAUUCCUGAAGGAAGGAGUCCGAUAUAUACAACUUCUAUGAGGAACAUGUGUAUUUGCACAUCGGGUUUAAGUUCAGAAAUUAAAAAUCAGAUACAACAACGAAUUGAAUAUAUGGGAGGUGUCUUCACAAAGCAAUUAAGAAGUUCUGUUACACAUUUAAUAGCAGAUUCUGUAAUGUCUGCAAAAUACGAAUGUGCUAUAGAAAUGAAGAUACCAAUUAUGACAAAGGAAUGGAUAGAAGCUGUUUGGGAAGCAAAUUUGAAAAGUAUGGUUCAAGCAAAUGAUAAGAUUUUUGAUAAAUACAAAUGUCCAGUUUUUAAGAAUCUAAUAGUUACUUCGACAAAUCUUUCUAAACGUCAGAAAGAAGAAGUUAAACAUUUGAUACAUGAUCAUGGAGGAACAUUUAUGGGUCCUCUUGAUGGAACAAAAGUUCGAGUGGUUUUAGCUUCCGCGAAUGGCCCGAUAAGCGAUAAAUUAAAGUACGCCAUGGAAAAUGAUAUCGCUUGUUUAAAACCUGAUUGGGUGUAUGAGAGUAUUAAAGUAGGAUACGCUUUACCUUUCCAUAAUUUUAUUAUCAAAUCUAUGAAAGCCUGUUCAACACCGGAAAAGUAUACUCGAGAAACGUUAAACUGUUCUGAAAUCAGUUCUAUACCACAUGAUAGGUAUCAGAAUAAUUACAUAAACGAGACUCAUAAUACGACAUCAAAUUUCUCUAUUGUAGAUGCAGUACCUAAUAAUUUCUCUAACAAUGCUAUGUUAAACGUUUUGAACCGACUCACUUUUAGUGAAGCAAAAUCAGCUGGACCAUUUCUGGAUGGAUGUAAUAUUUAUCUCGCUGGAUUUGCAACAAAUAUCAAAGACAAAUUGAAUAGAAUAUUAAAUGUAGGCGGUGCAACACGUUUCGAUGACAUAUCAGAUGCUGUGACACACGUAAUUGUUGGCGAUGAGAGUAAAGCCUCCAUGAACUUGAAAGCAAUGAAAAUGAAAUGUUUAAGCCCUUAUGUAUUGAACAUAGAAUGGCUAGAAGAGAGUAUGAAACUGAAACGACCCGCACCGGAAGAUCGUUUUUUGUUUGGAGUAAAUAGCGGAACACCUAAGAAAAAUAUUGAGACACCCGCUUCUCCACUCAGUCAAAAGAAUUUACAAAUGUUGCAACCACCAAAGAGACCACCUAUACCACUUUUUAAUUUGGAAAAAGAAGUUGCACUUUCGAAUGAGAAACAGCAAUCUGAUCUCGUGCAGCAAUAUCUACAGAAAACCAACGAUUGCAGCGGCGUGAUGCAAGAAUACACGAAGCUUCAUAUAUCUAUUUCGCAGGAUAAAAAUGCAGCUAAUACAAGUAACGCCAAUGAAAUUCGCUCAUCGGAUACCACGCAAAUAAAAAAUACGAACGACGACAGUUCUGUGCCGCUUAGUCAAAGCUGUACAAUAAAUGAAAAGUUACUCAGAGGCUUGACAUUUGUUGUGGUCGACUUCGAUAAAGAAGACAAUAACGUGAAAGAAACCAUCGAAAUGUUGGGUGGACGUGUAGUUUCAAAAACAUACAGCGGUAUCCCAGAUUAUGGCGUCGUGCCUUUGCAAGGAGCACCUUUGAAAUACACAGUCAAUGAAAUCGUGACCGAUUUAUUUAUUGAAGAUUGCAUAAACCAGGAACGAGUCGUUGAUAUUGAAUACUAUCACAAGCCAUUCUCUCUUAGGAAACCUUGCAGUCCGUUGUCGGGCUGCGUUAUAACGAUGAGCAUGUAUACUGGAACCGAACGAAUAUACCUUUCGGCAUUGGCUAAGAAACUUGGCGCCAUAUGUCAAGAUAUGUUUGCACGAAAAGCCAACGCGGAGAAGAAUACGCAUGGCAGUACACAUUUGGUUUGUCCAACCCCGGAAGGAAAUAAAUAUAACGCAGCCGUAAGAUGGAAAUUGCCGGCUGUUACCGCCGAUUGGCUGAAGACCUGCGCUGAUCAAUUAACUCUCGUAGAUGAAACUCCAUUUCUUGUCGGAGAAACAAUGGCGCCAGAUAGAUUGAAUACUACAAGCAACGAAACAAUUCUCAACCAAACUCCAUCGAGUGCUCAGGAAAAUAAAACAAAUUUGCCAGAGGAGGUCACAACACGGACCAUCCUUACACCGAAGCGUAAUUUACCUCAAGUCAAGGAGAUGUUCACUGUAGAAACUCCAUUAAUAAACAAGAGACUCAGUUCUGUAAUGAACCAGACACCGAAUUCGCCGUUUCAUGUGUCCACUCCAGACACUCCGUAUGGACAAGUUUUUAAAUCUAAUCCUUCCCCAGACACAAGAAAAGGGUGGAUUAAAUGGGUGGACAAUUUCCCGGAUUUGCAAGUAGCAGAACCGCCGUUAAAACGACGCGCACCUAGCACCCCACUCUCAGAUUUGAAGAAACAACUGUGGGAGAAAUUGAAGAAUGCGGGUCAAUCUGAAAAAAGAGAUGCAGCGAAUGAACCCAUAAUGAGAUCGAAUGAUUCUCCUGCGGAAAAAGCUGCUGAGGAAGAAACCGAUCCAUUUAAUAUAAAUGCUCCAUCAACCUAUGCUUCUGAGCCUAUUAACCGAAAACUUGACUUCGACGAAGCAAGUAGUCCAGUGUCAAAUAAGUCGAGUAAUGAAAUAAACAUGCAAAUAGCGAAGUUGGAUCAAAUACUUCAACAAACGUCCCGUAAUUCUGAAAAUAGAUACUCGAUAUCUGGAGAAAGUACAAAUAAAUACGACGUGGAAACUUCUGAUGACAUACAAAAAUGUAUAAUAAAAGAUUCGCAACCUAUCGACGCUAUUGUAUGGGAGGAUCCGAAUCAUCCAAAGCAGUUAAGUUUAAACAAACAAACAAGUGAAGAUGUUUAUGUCAAUGUGACUGAGGAACAUAAUGAAGAAGAUAUCACUGAAUAUCAACCACCAAUGAUACGACGGUUUAUGCUCUCGGGUAUAAAGGAUAAGAAAGCAUACGAACAAGUGAUAUUAGAACUCGGCGGAGACGUGUCGACGGAUCCGAAAUAUGAUAAUAACGCCACGCAUCUCUUAUGUAUCAGGCUUUCCAGAAAUGAGAAAAUGCUUGGUAGCAUAGCUGCUGGAAAAUGGCUCAUACAUUGCUCAUAUUUACGUGAUUGCGAACAAGAAGGCAGAUUCCUCGAUGAGGAAAAAUAUGAAUGGGGCAAUCCGAAGAGCAAAGGUAUGAUCCCGGAACCGAACGGCGAGAUUGAGCAAGCGAUCGCAGCUGCAGCUUAUAAGUGGCGACUGAGAUUGCAGAAUGAAUCAAAUGGUCCAUUUUCUGACAUGGUGGCACUGUUAAUGGUCUCCGAAGACAAGUACGACCAGUUUAAAAGAUUGAUCGAAGCUGGUGGCGGUUCGGUUACGCAAGCCAGACCGCCCUAUGAUGCCAGUUCGUCUGGACGUAGAAUCACGCACUGCUUCGUCAAUGUGAAACAGGUGAAACAGCCUGUAGACUGGGCUAUGUUGGCUAGCAAGGGUAUCCUCUGCUUCUUACCGCAGUACCUCAGCGAUUAUCUGAUGGCAGUGGAACCACUCAAUCCGCGGGACUGUGUACUUCCGGAAUUCAAAAAAUAUCUGGCGUUAUUGCCUAAAUAGUCCAAUCGGGAUUAUAAUCACAAUUAAAUUUAUAUAAACAAAACGGCAUAAUAUGUAGAUCACAGCAUAGUGUACAUAGUGAAUUCAGUGGUGUAAAACUUGACUACAAAUAGCUAAAAAAACCUGAAAUAAAGCUAACACAAUUUCUUUUUACAAAAAAUAAUCAAAUGAUUGCUCUAUAGAUUGAUUUAUAUAUC